AUGAAAUUUUUACCAAUAGUUUUUAUGAUAGUGGUAUUUGGAUUUACAAAUUUAAUCAAUGGUCAAUAUUUUUUUGAGUAUGCAAUUAAAUUGGAACCAUUUUUAACAUCAGAUUGCUCUGGUGAACAAACAGGUGUUGGAUAUGUAGCAAAGCUUGAUACAUGUUUUACAAUUGAUGAUCAAACAAGUUUUCAAUUAAGACUUGAAGGUAAUAAUAAAGUUUCAGUUGGAAUUUCAGAGAAUGUUGAUUGUGAUAUGAUGGAUGAUGGAGAAGAGAUAUUAAAUAACCAAACCUUUACAAUUGGAUCAUGUAUUCCAGCAAUUCAAUUUGACUCAAUUCAUCAAUAUAUUCAACCAUUUUAUCAAUUGGUGAGUUUGGUAAAAGUCGAUAAGAUUAUAGACCAUUUAGAACUUCCAACUGGUUCAAUCGCCAUGAUGUAUAGAGUAGGAACCUGUGUUUCCAUUCCACUUUUAGUUGAAUAUUAUACAAAUAAUACUAAAUUUUCUAGUACAUCAGAAGAGGGUGUAAUAGACACUUUUUAUUGUGACGAAAAUAAUUACCCAGUUAUCGAAAGUUGUACAGAAUCUGCUUGUUCCGCUCCUAUUUCUGACUUGGAGGUUUGUGAAACUAUUCCAAAUUUCUAUAAUAAUACACCAUCCACUGGUGAAAUUAGUGGUGAAAUUAGUGGUGAAAUUAGUGGUGGAAAUACUGGUGUUAAAACUGGUACAAGUGGCCAUUUUAGUGGUAAUACCAUUGGAAAUACUCCAAAAGAAAUUCUUGGUGGUAAAGGUAGCAAUGUCGACGAUGCUUUCAUUACCUAUACAAGUGGUCAUUCAAGUGGUAAUACCAUUGGUAUCACUCCAGAUGAUAAAGAGUUAUAUGAUCGUAAUGGAGGUUUUCAAGAUCAAUCUUCUUCAUCAUCUCUUGAUGAAAUUUAUUAUUUAUCAACUAUUUGUGUUUAA